CCAUUCUAAAAAAAUAAUAACAAAAUGGAUACAUCUCGUUUGUGUCGGAGUUGUAUGAAGGAAGUGGCGUCGUGGGAGCUUGAGAAUUAUGACCAACGGGCCGUCUACAUGUUCACACUCUGCACGAACAUUCAGAUACCAGAAAAUGACAUGCUACCCAAGCAAUUCUGCUACGAUUGCACGAUAAAAAUAGAAUCUUCAUACACGUUUAUAAAAGAGGCUCAACAUGUGAAUGACACACUCACAAACCUCCUGACUCAACGGACCGUUAUAGUGGAGCCUAUAAAGCGUUCAGAACAGAACGAUGAACCAGAUGUUGAAGUUUCCACAUUUGAACCUGAAGACACAAUCGAUGAACCUACAAGUAACACGACAGAUAAUAUAGUAAAAACAAAAGUAAAGAAGGUGUCGCAUCAGAAACAUGUCUGUACUGUGUGUAAGAAGAUGUUUCUGUCUAAAGUUUGGUUUGAGAAGCAUAUGAGGAAUCAGCAUAAUGGGAAGGUCUACAGCUGUGCACAAUGCCCUAAGACAUUCCAGCGUCCAUCGCAGCUGUCCGUGCACGCUGUGACGCACUCGUCUGAGCGGCGGUACGCGUGUUCCUGCGGCAAGCGCUACAAGCGACGCAAGGAGCUAGCACAACAUGCACGCACUCACGCGGCGGCGCGCCCCUACCAGUGCGACCACUGCAACAUGAGUUUCAAGUUGAAGAGUGUCUUGAAGAGCCAUCUAGUAGUACAUAAACCUGACAAGCCGCAUCUCUGCUACAUCUGCGGCUGGAGUUUUAAACAGGCGGGCAACCUCGCCGUGCACAUGCGCACGCACACGGGCGCGAAGCCCCACGCGUGCGCGUGCGGCUUCCGCGCGGCGAGCGCGUCCGGCCUGCGCCGCCACGAGGCGCGCCACCGCGCACGCGCACUGUGCUGCCGCAAGUGUGACAAGCGCUUCUAUGACAACACCGCUCUGGUACAGUUAACGCUAGCCGCACGGCGAGCGCGUCCGGCCUGCGCCGCCACGAGGCGCGCCACCGCGCACGCGCACUGUGCUGCCGCAAUUAACGCUAGCCGCACGGCGAGCGCGUCCGGCCUGCGCCGCCACGAGGCGCGCCACCGCGCACGCGCACUGUGCUGCCGCAAGUGUGACAAGCGCUUCUAUGACAACACCGCUCUGGUACAGUUAACGCUAGCCGCACGGCGAGCGCGUCCGGCCUGCGCCGCCACGAGGCGCGCCACCGCGCACGCGCACUGUGCUGCCGCAAUUAACGCUAGCCGCACGGCGAGCGCGUCCGGCCUGCGCCGCCACGAGGCGCGCCACCGCGCACGCGCACUGUGCUGCCGCAAGUGUGACAAGCGCUUCUAUGACAACACCGCUCUGGUACAGUUAACGCUAGCCGCACGGCGAGCGCGUCCGGCCUGCGCCGCCACGAGGCGCGCCACCGCGCACGCGCACUGUGCUGCCGCAAUUAACGCUAGCCGCACGGCGAGCGCGUCCGGCCUGCGCCGCCACGAGGCGCGCCACCGCGCACGCGCACUGUGCUGCCGCAAGUGUGACAAGCGCUUCUAUGACAACACCGCUCUGGUACAGUUAACGCUAGCCGCACGGCGAGCGCGUCCGGCCUGCGCCGCCACGAGGCGCGCCACCGCGCACGCGCACUGUGCUGCCGCAAUUAACGCUAGCCGCACGGCGAGCGCGUCCGGCCUGCGCCGCCACGAGGCGCGCCACCGCGCACGCGCACUGUGCUGCCGCAAGUGUGACAAGCGCUUCUAUGACAACACCGCUCUGGUACAGUUAACGCUAGCCGCACGGCGAGCGCGUCCGGCCUGCGCCGCCACGAGGCGCGCCACCGCGCACGCGCACUGUGCUGCCGCAAUUAACGCUAGCCGCACGGCGAGCGCGUCCGGCCUGCGCCGCCACGAGGCGCGCCACCGCGCACGCGCACUGUGCUGCCGCAAGUGUGACAAGCGCUUCUAUGACAACACCGCUCUGGUACAGUUAACGCUAGCCGCACGGCGAGCGCGUCCGGCCUGCGCCGCCACGAGGCGCGCCACCGCGCACGCGCACUGUGCUGCCGCAAUUAACGCUAGCCGCACGGCGAGCGCGUCCGGCCUGCGCCGCCACGAGGCGCGCCACCGCGCACGCGCACUGUGCUGCCGCAAGUGUGACAAGCGCUUCUAUGACAACACCGCUCUGGUACAGUUAACGCUAGCCGCACGGCGAGCGCGUCCGGCCUGCGCCGCCACGAGGCGCGCCACCGCGCACGCGCACUGUGCUGCCGCAAUUAACGCUAGCCGCACGGCGAGCGCGUCCGGCCUGCGCCGCCACGAGGCGCGCCACCGCGCACGCGCACUGUGCUGCCGCAAGUGUGACAAGCGCUUCUAUGACAACACCGCUCUGGUACAGUUAACGCUAGCCGCACGGCGAGCGCGUCCGGCCUGCGCCGCCACGAGGCGCGCCACCGCGCACGCGCACUGUGCUGCCGCAAUUAACGCUAGCCGCACGGCGAGCGCGUCCGGCCUGCGCCGCCACGAGGCGCGCCACCGCGCACGCGCACUGUGCUGCCGCAAGUGUGACAAGCGCUUCUAUGACAACACCGCUCUGGUACAGUUAACGCUAGCCGCACGGCGAGCGCGUCCGGCCUGCGCCGCCACGAGGCGCGCCACCGCGCACGCGCACUGUGCUGCCGCAAUUAACGCUAGCCGCACGGCGAGCGCGUCCGGCCUGCGCCGCCACGAGGCGCGCCACCGCGCACGCGCACUGUGCUGCCGCAAGUGUGACAAGCGCUUCUAUGACAACACCGCUCUGGUACAGUUAACGCUAGCCGCACGGCGAGCGCGUCCGGCCUGCGCCGCCACGAGGCGCGCCACCGCGCACGCGCACUGUGCUGCCGCAAUUAACGCUAGCCGCACGGCGAGCGCGUCCGGCCUGCGCCGCCACGAGGCGCGCCACCGCGCACGCGCACUGUGCUGCCGCAAGUGUGACAAGCGCUUCUAUGACAACACCGCUCUGGUACAGUUAACGCUAGCCGCACGGCGAGCGCGUCCGGCCUGCGCCGCCACGAGGCGCGCCACCGCGCACGCGCACUGUGCUGCCGCAAUUAACGCUAGCCGCACGGCGAGCGCGUCCGGCCUGCGCCGCCACGAGGCGCGCCACCGCGCACGCGCACUGUGCUGCCGCAAGUGUGACAAGCGCUUCUAUGACAACACCGCUCUGACUCGCCACUUGCGCUCCCACACCGGCGCGCGGCCGUACCGGUGCCCGGCGUGCGCGCGCACGUUCGCGGACAGCUGGAAGCGCAAGCUGCAUCUCAUGCGCGCGCACCGCGUGCCGCUAGCGCGCAUCCCGCGCAUGCGCGCCGACCCCAGCGUGCGCGUGUGCCCGUGAAUCCUGCCUACCCGGAUUAGGUAGCUACGUUAGUUAAUACAAUUUAUAUGACCUAGUACCUCUGACCCCUUAGCAAUGAUAGAUAUAACUCCGUAAUAGAUGGAUAUACAGUCUAAGGAAAAAACGUGCCUCGAAAAUCAACAAAAUUUGAUUCUCGUUCAGAGGGCGCUACUAGUUUUGGCCUACAGUCGUAUAGAUGGCGUUGAUCGUUUCGUUUGUUAUUUAACAAUUUUAACGCAUAUCAGUGAAAGAACAUGGGUCAAAAUCAUAAAAAUAAUUAAUGCAAAUAAAAAAAAAACAUUUAUCUAUAUUUAAAUACAUUCUAUCGUAUUUUUAUAAAUCUUCAUUUUUAGUUUUAAAGUGUGUCGACAGAUGGCAGUGAAUUUACUGUGGUUACAAAAUUUACUAUGACAGUACCGCUCUAGUAUAAGUUACUCUAUGUUAUUACUAAGGUUGGCUAAUUAUGCAAACUGGAUAUUCACUUUGGUAGCCUAAAAUUUUUGUUAUAAUAAUGACGGGUGACUAUAACGUAAGCCCUCGUUUCCACUGUAACCUUUUGUAGUCAGUCACCACACAGUCACCGUCCGUAAUAUUAUUAGCCAACUUACUUGGUUUAUUUCCACAGAUUUCGUGGUGACCGAAUUUAGGGUAUGUAGUUUAUCAUAACAAAAACUACCGCACGUAAUAAUAACCGAUAAGGAUUUCCACCUUUCCUUCGUUUUUCGCGGGAACCAUGUGAUGUGAUGUUAAUUUAAUUACCUGCCUAUGUCAGGGGGGUGUCACUGCGCAGUUUAGGUAUAUUUGGCCGGCGCACCGCCCGGGCAGGUGUAUGGCAGUGGGCUGCUGCUCGGCUCGCACGAUAGUCGUGUCACGUGGCGCUCGCGCAAAAUUGAAAAUACGCAAUGGUUUCGAAACCUAAAUCGCGAUCUAAUCUGUAUAAAAGAUAAUGUUCUGUUUACGGAUGUCUGAAUAAACGGAAGAACAAGGAAGCAGAAAAAACAUUUUUUUUUAAUUCCUGACUAUAUUGAUCGACAUAUUUUCAAAGGAAUAAGUACUUUUAGGGAUCCCUUAUAGCAAAGAUAGAUAUAACUCCGUUAUAGAUGGAUACAGUCUAAGGAAAAAACGUGCCUCGAAAAUGACGAAAAUUUGAUUCUCGAUUAGAUGGCCUACUCUCGUAUAGAUAGCGUUGACGGUUUCAUUUGUUAUUUAACAAUUUUAACGCAUAUCAAUGAUUGAACAUGGGUCAAAAUAAUAAAAAUAAUUAAUGCAAAUAAAGAAAAUCAUUUAUCCAUAUUUAAAUACAUUUUAUCGUAUUUUUAUAAAUCUUCAUUUUUAGUUUUAAAGUGUGUCGAUAGAUGGCAGUGAAUUUACUGUGGUUACAAAAUUUACUAUGACAGUACCGCUCUAUAAUAUUAUAUCCUCUUUGCUUAUAGGUAAGUCCGCCUUUGUACAUUGUAUAUAUUUUUGUUCUUUUAUUGUGUUUGUAAUCUGUCUUAUGUACAAUAAAGUGUUUACAUACAUACUUCUGUGGCAUACCUACUUCCGUGAGAAUCGGACAUACUAUCUCCGGCUAAAAAUUUUAUGUUUACAGAAUCAACGUUUGUAAUUCCUACAUAUUUAUCUUAAAAAUAAUAAAUAAGUAGGUAUAGGUACAAAAACUUGUCAAGUGACAACCCCGUGCCGACACUCGCAGCUCGGUCAUAAAACUGCGGCGCGCAAAGAAGAUUCACGGUUCGUGCGCGGUUAUAAGUUUCAAUUUUGCUUGCAGGCGGCGAGUGUAGGUAUAAUUUUAUACCUAAAUCUGGUUUUUGUGAAGGAGUGAAUUUUCUGUACGGUAGUACUAUUAGUUAUUCUGUGCCUAUGUAACAUCACAGAAUAACUAAUACUACUACCGUAAUAAUAUGUAGUUCUAUAUGCACGAAUUUUGUUCCUCCCUUACAUUAAAUAAAUGUAUUAAGUUACGAGGUAGAGUUACAAUACUGCUCAUUAAAUUUUACUUGUUUAAACUGUGAUAUCGAAAUAAUGUUUUUUGAAUGUUUAUAUGUAUAUAUACUAUACAAUAUAAUACACUAUUGCACACCUUAGUAAAACAAAACAAUACAUAAGAACACAACUAUCUUUCAUCUAUCUUCUCUUUUAUAU